AUGAUAGCCACCCUCUUUGGCAGUAGCGGGAGCGGAUCUGUCCAUAUGGCCAAUAUGAAGAGGAUAACUUCCCUUGUUUUUGUAACUCUGAUAUGUGUUGCACAUGGAACUGAUUUUUGUGAAAAAACACAAAAUGAAAAUGAUCCAUGUGGAAGGAAUGGUAAAUGCACCAAUCCCACAUGUCGACAAAUAACAACACCAGCACCAACAACAACACCAGCACCAACAACAACGGUAGCAUCAACGACGACCGGAUCAGGUGGAAAUAAUCAACCGUCACCGAAACCAACUACUACUACUACCACUCCUUCCACUACAACUCCUUCCACUACUACUACUACAACUGCGAGUGGCGGUGGACGGAAACGCAGAUCUGCACCUGAAUGUUCAAGUACAUGUUCUCAACAACAAGAAUGCCUUUACGAAUGCACAGGUCAAAGCGGUGGAUCCAUACUGCAUGGUUUGACUUCUCUGGUCCUAGUUAUCGGGGUCGUCACCAAACUGUUCAUCAGCUGA